AUGGAUCUUAUUCAAGAGGAUGGUUUAAUGAAGACUGUGACUCAGUUUUCAAAGUACUAUGAGAUGUUGGUAAAGGAAUUUAUUGUUAAUUUGUCUGAAGAAUGUGUUGAUGGCAAGUCUAAGGAAUUCAGGAAAGUGUAUGUGAGAGGCAAGUGUGUAAAUUUCUCUCCUUCAGUGAUCAACAAGUAUUUGGGAAGGCCUGAUGAAGCUCAACCUGAGCUUGAGGUAAGGAAGUGGCCUCUCAAAGGAAAAUUGGUGGCAAGUAAACUGAGUGUCAAGUAUGCAAUGCUGCACAAGAUUGGAGUUGCUAACUGGGUGCCCACCACUCAUAAAUCUACAAUUGCUGUAAUGCUUGGAAAUUUUAUAUAUGUUGUUGGAACCAAAUCCAAAUUUGACUAUGGCUCCUAUAUUUUUGAUCAAACUUUGAAGCAUGCAGGAAGCUUCAGUGUGAAGGGUCCUAUAGCCUUUCCUUCUCUCAUCUGUGGUAUUGUUUUGAAUCAGUUUCCAAACAUCUUAAUUGAGAAUGAUUAUGUGAAGAAAAGAGACAGCCCUAUGUCUUUCAAUCAUAAGUUGUUCCUAGGUACCCAUGUCCCUGACAUUGUCAUGACAUCAGGUGAGACAUCACGUGUAAGCAAUCAGCCACGUAAAGCUGCUGUCAUUGCAAUGCUCAAAGAAACCUGCAGGGAAUUAGAGGCAACGAAGCUGAACUUGGAAAAAUUGAUUAGCUCUUUGGAGAUGACUGAAGGUGAUGUGCUAGUUGAUUGUGGAGAAUUUGGUGAAGCUGCUGCUGUUGUAGAAGAAGCUGAAAGACAAGGUGAAGAGGGAGAAGCAUAUGCCAGUCCUGAUGAUGGAGAUGAUGAUGCUGACUCUGAGUCAGAUGACUAG